GGAAAACCAGCUAGUACAGUCACCCUCGGCAUCACUAUUACCUCGCUGCUGCUGCUGCUGCUGCUGCCGCCAACACUACCAUCAUCUCCUCCAUUUCUUCGCGACUUUCGACGACCUGACCUCUGUCGCAUGCGGCAAAGCCUAUCUCAAUCAUGGGUUCCACGCAAUUUGGUAACUUCAACGACUUUUGUCGCGAUUCCACCUUACCAGUCUGCAAUCUCUUUGUCGCAAAUAAUCAGCCUCCAAACAAAGCUUAUGGCGGAUGUGUGCUCAAGGGAAUUGAGCUCAGUGGCGACCGAUAUCUCAGUAAUCUAGGCUCAAUUCUCCUGGCUUUCAUUUCCAUCCUGACCACACUCUUUCUGCUCCUGAGAUCAGAACGCAAACGAGCCGCAGUCGGCAGAAGGGAGAUUCAAAUCUUUCUGUUUGGAUUUCUCAUCAUUGAGAUCUGCGAGAUCUUCUCCGUGGGUGGUUUCCCUCUAGACAGUGCGGUCCGAAAGGGUUUCUCUGCGGUUCAUAUUGCUGCCAUUACUGCGACAUGUUGGAUACUUCUUUUGAAUGCUCUAGUAGGCUUUCAACUCCUUGACGACGGCACACCUGCGUCUAUUGGCUUGAUUGUCGCAUCCGGUCUUGUUCUCUUCGUCGGCACGGGAUAUAUUGCUCUGGAUACGGCCUUUGACUGGACAGGCGAAUUCGCAACGAGUUCCUCGAAUCACUAUCGCAAUAUCGCCCUCUAUGUGUUAUAUCAACUAUUCCCGCUCGUCUGCCUUGUUCUGUUCUAUGUAUUCGAAGUCAUCCUGGUGGUGCGAAUUCUUGGCGAGUUCCGGCCAUUAAUUUACCUGACGGCCGCGGCCCUUCUAUUCGCCAUUGGUCAGAUCUUCGAGUACGUGAUCAGCGUUCACUUGUGCGAAGCCUCCAGUGGGAAAAUCAAUGGCGCGCUUUUCGAGACUCUGUUCACACUACUGGCAAUAGUCACUGUCUGGUUCUUCUGGAGCAGCAUUACGGAGGAUGACUGGCCCAUGCCGAUGACAACCCCUGGAGGUUACCAUUGAAAACCAGAGGAGAGCUAACGAGACAUGAUUGUCCUGCAUGUCUUGCGAGUAUUUCCGCAGCUUGUUUCUCUGUUUCUUCUCUACGAUCCUUGCACAUACGGUGCCUCAAUACCCAUUUGG